CCCAAGGCCCGGUGGUGAGGGGGUUGCCGCGCACGCGCAGGCAAAGCCGGCGUAUUUCUUGGUGCCGCCCCGGCAAAGGCCGCGUAGAGUGGAGCUGCUGCCGGAGAUGCCUAACGGUGUGUUCUGAGGAGCGGCCAGCGGCGCGAUGGAGCGGGCCAGGGACCGUUUACACCUGAGACGGACCACAGAACAGCACGUACCAGAGGUAGAAAUCCAAGUCAAACGGAGAAGAACAGCCUCACUGAGCAACCAGGAGUGUCACCUGUAUCCAAGGCGAUCUCAGCAGCAGCAGCAAGUACCUGUGGUGGAUUUCCAGGCGGAACUGAGACAGGCAUUCUUAGCUGAGACACCAAGAGGUGGUUAAAGAAGUAUUGGAACACCCAGGUACCUGAUUCCAAGAGAGAAAACAAAAUAAAACAGGUUAGAGCUGAUGCAGUCAUGAUCAAGAAUAAAGAACUAAUUAAAGGGUAGGGUGUUUGGAGGUCAUUUAAUUAUUUGGGUUAUGUCCAAAGAAGUUUUUUUUCUUAAAGGCUUCAUACAAAUAAACACAUAGCAGAAAGUUUAAAAAAGUAAAAGCAGGGUCUUAAUGCUUUUACCCUGAUGCUUGUCAUGUAUUACUUUUCAGACAUUGUAUAGUCCUUGCUUUUUUAGGUAGUUCUUUUUUUUUUUUUUUUUUUUUUUGUGGUACAUGGGCCUCUCAGCGGCCAUGGCUCAUGGGCCUAGCUGCUCUGUGGCGUGUGGGAUCUUCCCGGACCGGGGCACGAACCCAUGUCCCCUGCAUCGGCAGGUGGACUCUCAACCACUGCGCCACCAGGGAAGCCCUAGGUAGUUUUUUUAUUCAUAUUUAACUUGUACUGAUUUUCACCGUAACGUAUGAAAAAUAUUUCAUUAUAAAUAGCUGCUGAAUAUCCUGCUAAUAUGUUUUAUAAUUUCUUUUUGUGAGAGACUUCAUUUUUUUUCUGCUGGUAGUUUGAAAUAAAGCUUCAGUGAAUUGCUUUGCAUAAAACUUUAGAUAGGAUCAUUUCCUUGGAUAUGCAGAUGUAAAAAUAAAUUGAGUCAAGGAAUUUGAAAUUAAGGUACAUUUUCUGAAUUGUAUUAUGAAUUAUUACAUUAGUCUGUUGUCAUGAAAAAAUAUAGUGCCAGUUACACUUUCAUCUUCAUUGUUUAUGUUAAUUAUAUAUAAUUUGUUUCUAUUGAAUUAUAAAUACAUAUCACAUCCAUUAGCAAAUGAGAAGCUAAGUAUUUCCCAUGCUUAUUUACUAAUUUUUUUGUUUUAUCUUUUUCUUACCUUUUUUUACCAAUGUGUUUGAAUCAGCUGACAAUGUAAUGAAGCUAUUAAUCUAUGAUUUUUCAAUGUUACGUAGGUUUAUUUACAGUGUGUCUUGUGUUGGUUGCUUAGAUUUUUAGGAAAACGCUAUUAAUUUUGAUUUAAUACUUUAUUUUUCCUUUCCGACUUUUAAAAAAUUAAGAUCUCAAUCCAAAGGGUUUAAUAUAUACUUUUUAGAAACUACUAGAGGAAAGGGGUUUAUAGAUGAGUUUUCUUCUAGAUUUUCUUUAUUUCUAUUUUGAAAUAUAACCCCUCAACUCAAAUUAAUUAGGCCUGUUUAUGGCCAUCAUUUCAAAUUUUAAAGCAAAGGGAAAAUCCUCCCCAGCUGAAUCCUUUACCCAGCAUUCGGCAGUAAUUGAUUGGAUUUGAUUGCAAGACAGUGGAAUUGAUUUCGGGGGGCGGGUAGAAUCUGAUCAUUGUCCUCAGCUGUUCCCCAGAGUAAGGGCGUUUUUAAAUAAGUAAGUGUGCAUAAUUGACUAUUUUUAACCAAGAAAUUUUUGGCUUCUCAGUGCAGUUUACAUACUCUUGUAAGUUCCUGAGUAAAGUAUUAUUUAAAUUAUACAUUAUCUGUAAGUAGGACCAUCCAGUUUUCUGAGUUUCAAGUGCUCGUUUCAUCUAAACAGUACUAGGUACUAGGAUUGUUAUAGAGCAGGAGUUGGUAAAGUAUCUGGCCCAUUUAUUGCCUGUUUUUGUGAAUUUAUUGACACACAGCCAUGUCUAUUUAUUUACGUAUGGCCUGUGGCUGUUAUUGGCAGUACAGUGGCAGAUGGGAGUAUUUGUGACACAUUGAAUGGCAGGCAAAGCCUACAAUAUUUAUUAUCUUUCCCUUUAAAAGAAAAAGUUGGCUAAUCUCUCUCUUAGAGAACCACUUUCAAAGAUGAAAACACUAAGAUGGGGCCAGUAGGGAAGUGGUGAUAAUAUACAGUGUGGUGAAGGGAAAGGGGUUGUAGAAGGAGAGUAUAUGAAGUAAAUAUUCCACGGUAGAGAACCAGAUGAAUUUCUGGGAUAAGGGUCAGGUCUAAGACUAGUGCUAAAGUCUACUAUACAUGUAAAUGGGUAAAGGCAUUUUAACAAUUGAUAUGUUUUCUUUUUCAUUAUAAAAAUCUAAAUCAUGUGAGUGAUAGCCAAGAAAAAUGGGAAAGUAAACCACAGACUUUAAAUACCCAUGUUUCAACCGCAGCAGCAUGAGGUUGAAUUUUCUUUCAUUUUGCCCUUUUGCUUUUCUUUUGAAAAUGUAGUUAAUUGUAAUCAUGCUUUUAAACUAUUCCACUUAAAUGUAUAUCAUUAAUGUUCCUUCAUGUUAUUACAUAGUCCUCACAGUUAUCAUUUGUAAUGAAUAAAUGAUGGUCCAUUCAUGAUUUA